AUGGCUCCUGCAUCGUUCACUGCCCGUUUCCACCAAUCUGUUACUCCCAAUUCCCUCAGAGCAUAUCUUGCUGAGUUCAUUUCCACAUUCUUCUAUGUGUUUGCCGUUGUUGGUUCUGCCAUGGCUUCACGGAAAUUGAUGUCAGACUCGGCAACAGAUCCGUCUAGCCUGGUGUUAGUUGCCAUUGCAAAUACCUUUGCGCUGUCCUCGUCUGUUUACAUUGCAGCAAAUGUCUCUGGUGGGCAUGUGAACCCUGCCGUCACCUUUGGCUUGGCAGUUGGAGGCCAUAUUAGUGUCACAACGGCAUUGUUUUACUGGGUUUCUCAAAUGUUGGCCUCUGUCAUGGCUUGCCUUUUCUUGAAGGUCACUACUGUUUCGCAGCAUGUCCCAACUUAUACAAUUGCAAAUGAAAUGACUGGAUUCGGAGCAUCCAUGUUGGAAGGUGUGCUUGUAUUCGCUUUGGUGUACACUGUUUAUGCUGCUGGUGAUCCUAGAACCGGUCCACUGGGGACCAUUGGACCCUUGGUUAUUGGAUUGAUGGCAGGAGCAAUGGUCCUAGCCGCAGGGCCAUUCUCAGGAGGGUCAAUGAACCCUGCAUUGGCCUUUGGGUCUGCUGUCAUUGCUGGUCGCUUAAAGAACCAAGCAGUUUACUGGGUUGGACCCCUGAUUGGUGCUGGAGUUGCUGGACUUCUCUAUGACAAUGUUGUGUUCGCCGGUCAAGCGUCAGGAAGAGGGAAUUCAGAGGGAACUGGUGUUUAAC